AUGGCUAAGAAUUUUGCUGGGUCUACCUCCUUCCUAGAUUCUACACAUACUACUCUUCCUACUGAGCCUAUCACUUUUCAUGAAGCUUUUCAGGAUGCAGAUUGGCGUGCUGCCAUGGCUGAAGAAUUUGAUGCAUUACUCACCAAUGAUACUUGGGAGCUUGUUCCUGCUCCUCCUUCUGUCAAUCUUAUUGGCUGUAAAUGGGUCUACAAAGUCAAACAGAAGGCGGAUGGUUCUCUUGAGCGUCUCAAAGCUCGACUAGUGGCUCAGGGUUACAAACAACAACAAGGCAUUGAUUUUGAUGAGACUUUUUCUCCGGUUGUCAAGUCAACCACUAUUCGUACUGUUCUUUCAGUCGCUCUCUCCUCUGGAUGCACUGCUGAUCCCUCAAUGUUUGUUUGUCAUUCUUCCUCUGGCACUCUUGUUCUCCUCUUGUAUGUUGAUGAUAUUAUUGUCACCAGCAGUUCCUCAUCUCUUCUCGAUGCUCUUAUCGUUACUUUACAACGCGAAUUUGCCAUGAAGGAUCUCGGACCGCUGCAUUAUUUUUUGGGUAUUGAGGUUCAUCGCUCUCCAUCUGGAUUUCAUCUAUCUCAACAAAAAUAUGCGCAUCAAUUGCUUCAGCGACAUGGUUUUCUUGACAGUAAGCCCGUUUCUACUCAUCUUUCGCCAACAUCUCGUCUCUCUUCCCAUGAAGGGCAUCUUCUUGAGGAUCCAUACACUUAUCGUCAGAUCGUUGGUGCUCUCCAGUAUCUCACUUUCACCAGACCGGACAUUUCAUAUGCCGUCAACUCUGUUUCCCAGUAUCUUCAUGCACCUCGUGAACCACACAUGCAAGCGGUCAAACGUAUUCUGCGUUAUAUUCGGGGGACGCUAACUUAUGGCCUUCCUAUCUCUCGCUGUGACAAUCCUUCUCUUGUGGCCUUCGCUGAUGCUGAUUGGGCUGGUUGCCCCGAUACACGUCGCUCUACUUCUGGAUAUUGCAUUUUUCUUGGGCCAAAUCUUAUCUCCUGGUCCGCUAAGAAACAACCCACCAUUUCUCGUUCUAGUUCUGGAGCAGAGUAUCGUGCUGUAGCCUACACACUUGCUGAGACAGUCUGGAUUCGUCGUCUUCUUCGUGACCUUCGUGUUUUCUUAUGGCGCUCUAUCAGUAUUUAUUGCGAUAAUCUCAGCACCACCUACCUUGCGGCCAAUCCUGUUCUCCAUGCUCGCACGAAGCACAUUGAACUUGAUCAUUAA